UUUUGUCGUUAAGGAAAGUGGACGAACUGGCGACACCGUGUCUACUAUUCGUUCGUUCCUUACCUUGACUACUCCUAUCCUUGUACGUUCCAGGGUGACGACCCCAAUAGGGGGAGUCUGUGUCUCCCCUUUUUCUACUUUGACUUUAUUAUUUAUAUGAGAAAGAAAAGCCGCGAAUACGUAGAACGAAAAAACUUCUUGGAGGGAGUUGGUCGCAAUGUUUAAAAAUGAAUUGUCCUAUGUUCGUGCGAAGGGUGUAUCCCUUUAAAAUAAACUGUUUAGUCGUCGAAGCCCUCUUCGUUAACGCAACAAUUGAAUUGAUUGUUCCCUAUGUCUCUUUUACAACGUUAACCUCAAGCGUAUAUAGUAUUAUCUUUAUUUCCUUUCUCUCUCACUCUCUCUCUCUCUCUCUCUCUUUCGUGUUUCAUUUGAAUAAUAGUAGAUGUUAGGUUUAUCCUAAAUUUUCCAUAUCGAUCAUGGCUUUUUGUUAACUAUCAGUUAAUUGAGAACAUUGAUACGUAUUAUCGUGAAACCUCUCUCUCUUUCUCUCCCUAUCUUUCUCUCUCUCUCUCUCUCUCUUUCUUUCUCUCUCUAUAGAAAACUUUUCUCCUAACCGCACUAUCUUCUCUUUCCAUAGUGGUUUUCGUAUCAGUUUCGAAUAGGCGCAACUACUUUUAUGCGGCUUUCGAUCGUAUACAGUGGUCAUUCUGAUGAAAAAGGAGACCUAUCGGAUCCCGUUGAUCUUCGCGAGGACCUAAUUCGUCUGAAUGCCACGAAUCCGAGGAAGAAGGACGAGACACGAAAUACCAAGGACGAGUGUAUCUCGCAGGAUGGAUUCGUGCGGGGUCUACUUGUCUCAGCUACGAGCGAUGCUCGUGAGAAAUCUUCUUCUGAAGAAACGUGAAAAACGGAAGACUAUCGCGGAGAUCUUCCUGCCUCUUUAUACUCUAGGGAUUCUCAUAGUGAUAAAGGUGUUGAUACCUAAUCCAAAUUAUCCCGCGAUGACGACGCAGAGGCAUGAAGAGAAUAUAUUCGAAUUAUUCAAUGGUUAUAAAAACAAUACGAUAGCCGUGGUACCUAAUUCGACGGAAACUCUCACAUUCUUAAAUUCGAUGAACAACCUUUGGCUGUCCAUGUGGGAUUUUCCUGGCAAAUUACCUUUAAAUUUUAUGAUAUUCGAUACGAAGGAUGAUCUACAGGCAGCUUAUUGGAGAGAUCCAUAUAGCGUACCUUUGGCUGUGAUCUUCGAAGACUCUCAACCGAUCACUCAACGUCUUCUAUACGAGAUUAGAACAAAUCCUUCGUAUACAUCGCCUCCUUCGCCUACUGAACUUUAUUCCGCUCCGGUUACUUGCCGGAAGGACACCAGCCAUUGGAUGGGAGGCGUUCUGUCAAUAGAAACUGGCGGAUCAUGUCCCGUGAAUAACUAUUUGGAUUCUGGCUUCCUAGCGUUACAAAUGCUAAUGGAUAUUACGAAGAUAAGGCUUGACACGCAAAACAACGACGUAACCAUUCCAGAUAUAAAAUUAGAAAUGUUUCCGAAAGAAGCAUUCACAGCUGAUUGGAUGUUGGCUUUUAGAGUCAUUAUUCCUUUGUACAUGGUAUUAGCACUUUCACAGUUCAUUACUUAUCUCUUGAUACUAAUAGUCGGUGAAAAAGAGAACAGGAUUAAAGAAGGAAUGAAAAUAAUGGGCCUGAAGGAUUCUGUAUUUUGGAUGUCUUGGUUCAUUAUCUACAGCAUCUUUGUCUUGUUACUUUCUGCCGUUGGAGUGGUAUUACUCUUCACUCUACAAAUGUUUCAGCAUACACACUUUUUACCGAUAUUUCUUUUGGUCGUACUUUAUAGUUUUUCCAUCAUCAUGUUUGCCUUCAUGAUAACGCCAUUCUUUGAUAAAUCUCGUACUGCCGGUGUCCUUGGAAACUUUGCAGUAACGAUAUUAAGUUUGAUGUACUUCAUUCAAGUCUUUGUAGACGAUUCUAGCUCGAUCUCAUUUUGGCUUGUAUCACUUUUAAGUCCAACGGGUGUUGCAUUGGCUAUGGAUAAGGCCUUGGUCUUAGAUUUACAAGGACAAGGAGUGAAUUUCGAUAAUCUUUGGUGUGGUCCUGGUAUACCUUUCGGUGGAAGUCUCAUUAUGAUGACUUUAGACAUAUUCUUAUAUGCUUGCUUAGCCUAUUAUUUGGACUCGGUUAUACCAAGCGAGUAUGGCACGAAGAGAUCACCGUGGUUCUGUUUCACACCUGGAUUUUGGUGUCAACGUAAAGUUCAAAGGGUACCAUCGUCUAACGGCGAAUCUAAUUCUUUUAUACCCGGCGAGGAAACAAAUAGAGACGUGGAACCAGUUGUACGUGAGAUGAAGGGAAGGGAAGCAAUUAGAAUCAUAGAUUUGUUUAAAUCUUAUCAGAAAUGUCGUAAACCUGAAACAAAGGCAGUUAAUGGUAUCAAUCUAACGAUUUAUGAGGGACAAAUAACAGCGAUAUUGGGACAUAAUGGGGCUGGUAAAACAACGUUGUUUAAUAUACUCACCGGAUUGACAUCGCCAACAGCCGGUACGGCUUUGAUAUUUGGAUAUGACGUGCGAGAUUCAAACGAUAUGCAGAUGAUCAGAAGUAUGACAGGUGUAUGCCCUCAGCAUGACAUUCUGUUUGAUUUAUUAACGCCAAGAGAACAUCUAGAAUUUUUUGCCGCUGUACGUUGUAUUCCAAAAUCAAUGAUCGAACACGAGGUAAAGAAAACGUUAAAGGACAUAGAUUUGGUUGAAAAAGCGGAUACUUUUGCAAAAUAUUUAAGCGGUGGCCAGAAGAGAAAGCUCUCAGUAGGUAUCGCCAUUAUCGGUGAUCCUAAGAUCAUUAUCCUUGAUGAGCCCACAGCUGGAGUGGAUCCAUACUCGAGAAGACAAAUGUGGUCUUUCCUGCAAUCCAGAAGACACGGUAAAGUCAUUCUUUUAACGACUCACUUCAUGGACGAAGCAGACAUAUUGGCUGACAGGAAGGCAGUUAUAAGUAAAGGGAGAUUGAGAUGUUGCGGUAGUUCGUUGUUCUUAAAAAAUAAAUUCGGUAUCGGUUAUCAUUUAACUCUCGUACUAGAAGGCAACGCAAGGGAACAUGCAAUAGCACGAUUAGUAUCGUCUCAUGUGACGAAAGCCGAAAAAGCAAGACGUCACGGUCGAGAAUUGAGCUUCAUCUUGCCUCACAAUUCUGUGGAAAAUUUCGCCUCACUUUUUUCGGCUAUCGAGCAUGAAAUCAAAACGAGAUCGAGUAGAUUGGGUAUUAGUAGUUAUGGAGUAUCUAUGACGACCCUGGAAGAAGUCUUUUUACAUCUGGAAAAAGACGAGGAAACGGAAUGUACCAUGGACAAUCUGUCAAAGAAAAUGGUUCGUAAUCGUGCACUUAGUAGAUCGUUGUCCUUGCAGUCGAAAAGUACAUCGUACCAGAGUUUACAGAACGAAGGUGUUACCGUUCAAAAUGAUGGUCAAGCGAAAGGAGCAGGUGAUCUACCAGAUGGAAUUCACAAUGAUAGGAAUCCUCCUAUUCUCGGCCUUGGCUUAGACCCCAUCAAAAUUCGGCCUAACUUCCUUCAAAUUCUUUAUGCCAUGCUUCGCCUAAGGAUACUCAGGCUGUUUAGAAACAUUCAACUAUUAUACUUUACCAUCGUUGCUCCUCUUGCUCUAAUAAUCCUUGGUCUCUAUAUAAACAGUAUUCAAACUGUUGACAUUAAGAUGCAAUCACUUCAACUUAAUAGUGACACCUAUGGCAAUGAAACUAAAAUUUUAUAUUUGAAUAAUACCGAUGUUGACAUAACGCCUUUGAUAGAGAGUAUAAGUCAAGAUGUAAAGCAUAUCGAUGAAUACGAUGGGAAUUACGUUAAUUUGUUAAAAAGCGCACCGCACGUAGCAGCAUUUAAUAUCAAUGAUUAUAGCUUUCCAAAGAUGAAUUUAACAAUCGUAUAUAACGAUACGAUGCAACAUUCUUUACCCAUUUUAUUGAAUGUACUGUUAAAUACUUAUUACAGAUUGGUAGCUGGUAGGGACGAUGUUCAACAAAUUGAAAUAAAAACGCAUCCGUUUCAACAGACAUCACAGCCACAAGAAUUUAACAUUGGUGUUGCCAGUUCAGCAUUAUUCAUAGGAAUGGAUUUUGUUUUAUUACCAAUCACUUUGGCAGUCGAUAUGGUUUAUGAUCGAGAAAUAAAAGCGAAGAAUCAAUUGCGCGUCAACGGCCUGUCAUUUCCUAUGUACUUCCUCACAUAUUUUAUUGUCCUCGUCGGCCUGAUGACAUUUAUUUGUUCAUGUAUCAUUGGUAUUAUAUUUCUCUUUGACGUGCCUUCGCUUCAAGAACCACCAGCACUCAUUACUCUUGGUGCCCUUUUAAUGUUAUACUGCCCAUCGUCCAUUCUUUUUUCGACAUGUUGGAGUUACAUUUUUGAUAAGAUGGACUCCGCACAAAGUAUUUUACCCAAUAUUGCUACGUUCUUUGGACUGAUACCUUUUUUGCUUGUCGUGAUCUUAGAUAUGCUAGGUGUCGGUGGUACUGCAGCGUUCGCUUUGCACGUGGUCUUUUCUCUAUUAAAUACCAUGUAUGUGCCCUACGCAGCGGUGUACUAUGUAGAUCGCGUUCAUUUAAUGUGCUCUAUUAAUGCUGCCUGCCAUCAUUUAACUAUGUCGGAUUAUCUUACUACGGAGAUCAUAUUGAUGGCUGUUGGUGUAUUAUUACAUUGUCCAUUAUGGUUCUUCGUAUUGCUCUUAUUGGAUAUCAAGAAAAGCGGCGGAAACAUUAGCGAUUUCUUCAAGCACUUCCUGAGAAAUGGUGGCUCGAUCGGUGAGGAGAUAAUGGAGAAUUCGGAUGUAGGUGAGCACGAAGAUGCUGACGUAAAAACUGAAAGACAAAGAGUAUUCAAUCUUAUUACGUCACCUUCCGUUCAACAAUCAUCAGUGGUAUUGGUACAGAAUCUACGAAAGGAAUAUCAUCAACGAGAAUCAACAGUUUCUUGUAGCUGUUGUAACAAACGAGAAGAAGAGACAACAUCUCAAAUGCAACGAAAAGUCGCUGUAAGAAAUUUAUCAUUGGCCGUUGAACCAGGUGAAGUAUUUGGACUUCUGGGUCAUAAUGGUGCUGGAAAAACUACUACGAUGAAGAUUAUUAUUGCGGAGGAAGCAGCGACACGUGGUAGAGUACAAAUUGGCGGGCACAAUAUUCAUUCUCAUAUGGAGGAAGCAUUCAGACAAAUGGGAUAUUGUCCGCAACACGAUGCUCAAUGGAAAAAUAUUACUGUACGAGAACAUUUAGAAUGUUACGCAGCUAUUCGUGGUGUACCUUGGGGAGAGAUUAAUAGAAUCGUCGAUCUCUAUUUAACCGGUCUUCAGAUUCAUGAACAUGCCGAUAAACAAACUCAAGAAUGCUCAGGUGGUACUAGAAGAAAGCUUAGCUUUGCAAUGGCAAUGGUUGGAGGACCAAAGGUUGUUUUAAUGGAUGAACCUAGUACGGGUAUGGAUCCUAGAUCAAAAAGAUUCUUAUGGGAUACCAUCCUUGCUAGUUUCCAGGGUGGCCGAGGAGCAAUCCUUACAACUCACUCGAUGGAAGAAGCCGAUGCAUUAUGCUCCAGAGUCGGUAUAAUGGUUAAAGGUGAAUUAAGAUGUGUAGGUUCGACGCAACACCUGAAAAAUCUAUACGGUGCUGGGUACACUUUAGAGAUGAAACUUUUGGGUGGCGAUUGUACCCCAACUACGCCUUCCGGUGAUAGAUUAUCUGCAUUAAAAGAAUUCGUUGCUGGUCUCUUUCCUGAUGCAACGUUAGAAGAAAGCUUUGCAGACAGAUUGGUCUUUGCCGUUCCUCAACACGCAGUGAACUCGCUGGCCGAGUGUUUUAUGCAGUUGGAGAAGGCCAAGCAGGAACUAGACAUCGAGGAGUAUAGUUUCAGUCAAACUACCCUGGAACAGGUGUUUCUCAAGUUCUCUCAUUACGACGAGAGCAAUAGUGGUGAAUGACGAUCUAGAUGUUCAGUGUUUUAGUAUCUUGUUUUUAAUUAUGAACUUGCUAUACUUUCAAGACUGCUCAAUUUACGCGCGAGAGUAUUAAAAGUCAUUGUUUUUAUGUAACAAUUAAGGAAAGCCGACAAAACGAAAUGAUAUUAAAUUAUCGUUGUGUGAAAACGCAUACGAUGAAUCGGGCGAUUGCACUAAAAUGCGAGUACGAGCGAUGUUAAUAAAAAAAAAAACAAAAAAAAAAAAAAACAAAAAAAAAAACCAAAAAAAAACCAAAAAAAAAAACAUAAAAAAAAUUUUCUUUCCGUUCGUUCGAAGGCGUUUACAAAGUUAUUAUUAUAAUCGUCUAAAUCUUGUUGAUAUAUUAUUAAUUACUUAAACAUUACGUCACAGUGAUUCAUAAUAAGCACGACCUUUUUCCUCUAUGAGGAUUCAGUGGCAUACAUUAAAAUGCUUUUUGUCCAAUGGGAAGGAUUGUAUUUUCCCGAAUCUGCAAUUGAGUAUAGAUGAAACGCGUAUUAUUGUUAAAUAGACAAUUCAAAGGAUAAUGUACAUUAUCUUGAGAUAUGCUUUCGUCAUUACUGUGUAAACCAUGUAACAGAUAUUGCACAAUUAAUGAAUGAAACGACUAUUUAAAACGAAAUUUUUUCAGUCGUAGUAUAAGCUAACGUACAUUACAUACAUACAUAAAGUACAUAAAUAAAUAAAUAAAUAUAUAAAUAAAUAAAUCAAUAAAUGAAUAAAUAAAUAAAUACAAACAUACAUACAUACAUACAUACAUACAUACAUACAUACAUACAUACAUACAAACUACAAACAUACAUACAUACAUACAUACAAACAUACAAACAUACAUACAUACAUACAUACAUUUAAACAAGUUUGGGUUCUAAUUUUAGGGCUUCCUGAAAGAAAAGAUUUUUGUAAAAGCGAAUAAUUUGAGAAUCGUAAGAUAUAACAAGAAAAUAAACUAGUAAUUGGGGAUUUUGGUAUCCAUGAUCCCUUUACCUUGACUGUAUGUCACUGUCAGGAUCGUAUUAUAUCGACUCGAUAAUAUUUAAAAAAAAAAAAAAGGAAAAAAAGAAAAAAGAAAAAAAAAAAAAAGAAAAAAAAAGGAAAAAAAAAGAAGAAGAAGAAAGGAAAAAAAAACACACUGCGAGUAUAUAAUAUACCGAUGUAGAUAAACGGCGAACGGUUAAUAAAAAUCGUCUUUUUCUCGUGCUCGUAUUUUUGUGUGCAAGCAAGAGUUCGACUUUUUGUGCGUUUACGUAUGUGUGAAGAUAAAAAUAAGCGAUGAAUGAAUAAGUGUUUAAAUAAUUAGGAUCUUGUAAAUAGUCUCGCAAGAUAGUGUUCGAGCGGCAUUAAUAUAAAAACAAAUUACGUUUUCAGCGAUAAACAAAUAUUGAUUUAAGAAUUUAUUGAUAUACUAACGAUUUUCGUAGUUUCAAUAUUAUUUUAUGUUGUCUGUCUUUUAGAUUAUCAAGAGAGAGUGAGAGGGAGUGAGAGAGAGAGAGAGAGAGAGAGAGAGAGAAAAAGAAAAAAACAAUGAAAAAAGGAGAAAAAGAAAAAAGAAAAAGAAAACUCGCGCAGCGGUCUCAUUAACAAUAACUGCAUUGGAAUUGGAUCCUAUAAUGUAUCUAACGUUAUUAAUCCAUGAAAGGACGUACGUAACGUUUAUGAUCGUUAUAAGGAAGGACGCGCAGGGCAUAUCUGCGUAAUAAUACUUAUAUCAAUUUAUUUACUUUUAAUGCGACAAUUUGUUAUCUGCAAACGUAUGAGAAUAGUAUUUUAUCCCGAUAUAUAGAAAAUCGAAUCAUUUUAAUCAUCGAAUUUGCAUAUUCGUAAAUAAUAACAAAAGUCGAUUUACAAAAGAUCGACGAAUAACUUUUACGUAACUUAUUAUCGAUCCAAGGUGAAGUGCAUAAAAAUUAGACGUCAUAUAAGUACUUAUCUUCAAACGUUUCUCUCCGUCUGUCUUAUGGUCUUUUAUCAAGCUUUUUCGGAUCAGAAGUCACAGAAGGAUACGAUAGAUCGUUAUUAUUGCCUCAUUAAGAUUUAAAAUGAUGAUGAUGAUGAUGAUGAUAAUGAUUAUUAUGAUGAUGAAUUCAUGGGAAUGAAAUUAUAUUAUUUCCUUUUAGAUAAAAUGAAUCGUAUAGAAAAGAAAUGGGAUCUCGCAUGAUCAAAUUAGUAUGCGAUAUCGAACCGCAAUAGUUGGCUAAUUGUCGUUGGCAAAAAUUCGAAUUUCUUGUGUACCGAAUCGAUCGAACAUUUUUCUCGAAUAAAAGCAUAAUAGCUUUUAAAGUUCUGAUCAAUGCGUGGUACAUUUGAAAGUUCAAUUAUUGCUCUUUGUCUCUUUAUUGCCUACAGAAACGUCAGAAGGAUAGAAAGAAAAAAAAUUGCUGCCGAUACAAAUUAAAAAAAAAAAUACAUAUAUAUAUAUACAUAUAGAUAUAUAUAUAUAUAUAUAUAUAUAUAUAUAUAUAUAUAUAUAUAUAUAUAGGGUGGUUCAUUAAAACGAAUGAUCUUUUCUCUCUUUCUCCUUUGAAUAUCUAUCGAUUGUUCUGUGAUCCUUUUAGAAAAAAAAAAGUCUCAUCUGUCGUAUAAUAAACAACGAACGUUAUUCGAAAGUGAGGUUAUGUAAAAAAGAAAUACAAAAAACAAAAAAUCGUUACAAUUCUUCCGUUCGAAAUUAUCUAGUAACGUCAUAAAAAUUGUGAAAGAUUUAUGAUAAAUUCUUUCCCUUUUUAUAUUUUUUAUCUCUCGGAAGAUUUUGGAAUGUUGUUCGUUGAAAGCAAGUACGAUUAAUGAACCACCCUGUAUAUCGAACGGGCUCUUUAAUCGUAAUCAUUGGAUCCAAGAUCUAAUUACGAAGAUAAAAAGCAAAAUAAGAAGAGGAUGUCGAGGAUGGGAGAGAAAGAGAGAAAAUAAAAUAAAAUUAAAAGAAAAAAAAAAAAAGAGAAAAAGAAGAAGAUAAAAGAAGAAGAGGAAAAAAAGAGUUAGCCAAACCUUAGAAAAGAAAAUUACACGUUCUUUUGAGGCUUUCGAAGAAAAAAAAGGAGAGCUCUCGUUUGCAGAAUCGCGCCCUAUCUCUCUUUUGAUCUUCAUGGCGCUGCAAUCGCGGCGCGAAAAUCAAACGCGAGUUAUGGGCGUCGUUCGGAGGACUGAAUGAAACAUUUUUUGUAGAUGAUAUAAUUAUAGCGUAGGUAGUUAAUAUUUGAAUCUCGCCACAAAAAAGGAAUAAAAAAAAAAAAAAAGAAAGAGAGAAAGAAAAAGGGAAGAAAAAAAAGUAUCGAUUUUUGUAAAUAUGAACUCGUUAUAUAAGAGAGGAAGAAUUCUUAUUAUAAAUAUAUAAAAUAGAAACUGCGUGCGUAACUUUACGUACGUGCAUUUAUAAGGGAUUGUGUCCGCACAAAUCUCGUUCUAGCAAAUACGGUAUAACAUAAAAUUUAGUCAAUUAUGGAAUUACACGAUGAAAAGAAAAAGGGGAAAAAAAAAAAAAGAAAAAAUAAUGAACAGCAGACAAUUUUAUGAGAUUAUAUAUAAAUAUAUAAAUAUAUAUAUAUAUAUAUAUAUAUAUAUAUAUAUAUAUUCAUAUAUACGUAUAUAUGUAUAUGUAUAUAUAUAUACACACGUAUAUAUACCAUUUUUUAAAACAGUUGUCACCGAUUACGGAGUACGCUACGAUGCGUCGAGCAUUUCUGAAAACUUAAGUAAAAGAACAAAGAAAAGAACAACAAACACAAAGAAUUAAAUAAAUAAAUAAAUAAAUAAAUAAAUAAAUAAAUAAAUAAAUAAAUAAAUAAAUAAAUAUACAAGAUAAAAAAGAAACAAAAAGAAAAAAAGAAAACAAAAAAAAAGAAAAAAAAGAAAAAAGAACAAUACGUUACUGCGUAAUCCAAUAGACAUUGCAUAUCGCGUUUGCGGUUCAAAGUGCUUCAUUUUUUGACGAUUAUUUUGCGAUCCCGUUGUCGGAUAUUUAGUAGCCGUGUGUACAUACAUACAUUACAUACAUACAUAGAUACAUACAUAGAUACAUACAUACAUACAUACAUACAUAGAUCUCUAAUGUAAUCGUCCGCACAUGCUCGCGUUAAUGCGUUACCCUCGCUUUUCUUAUUAUGGUCCGUUCGUUCUUACGUGGAAGAUUGUCCCGAUCGAUCCGACUUCAAUUUAAUUAAUUAUACAACAAAUAAAUGACGAUUAUUGUAGACGUCAAAGAUAGUCAAAAUCAAAGUUGGACGAUCGGUAAAUCGUCUUUCUCAUAGCAUUAUUUCAUUUUUUUGUAAGGAUAUUUCUUCUCGUGCAUGCACUUAUAUAAGCACCCACCCACACAGGCGCGGCUAACAAGAUGGGUACACAAUCACACCUCACACAACACACAUACAGGAAACAUAUAUAUAUAUAUAUAUAUAUUGUAUAUAUAUAUAUAUACACAAUGGAUCAUACAUAGACACUCAUAUUAAGGAAAAGACAUUUCGUUCUUUAUUCACGCGUUAAAAUCGUGUAAUAUCUAUGAUAUUCAUUGAUACAUGCCGAACACUUAACACCCGUCAAAACCGUAAUUAACUUUACGGUACUACGUAUUUGUUGUAUAAAGUGAAUGUAAUCAGUCGGUUAACGGAAGCUUUUUCACCAAUAAAAAUCAGUUAAACAUAA